GGACAGGGAGUAACACCCGAACAAUGGACUACCCUUAAGUCGGAAUGCAUUAAUCCCCGGAUUAAGCAAUUAAUGCCAGAGAAUGGAGUGAAUACGUGGCAAAAGUGCAGCGAAAGAGUAGCCGAUUUGUGUGAUGACAGCCAAUGGAUGGACGGCAAGGAUUGCGCCAAAGAGAUGCUUUCGGAACAAGAAGUUGGGGAAAUGCAUGACUGGUACAGGAGUCGGGUCAUACAAAUGAGAAAUAAUUUGCAAAUAAUCAAAAGUUGUUAUCAACAGCAACGGAAAAAUGUGAAAAAUCCUUAGGAAACCCACAUUUGCCAUACACUCAUAACUCCACUCGUAUUUUCAAGAUUUAAUUUCGGUUUAUAUUUGACUACAUUUUAUUGCUUUUCUCUGAAAGAAAUUUCAAUAUUUUGUUUACUAUUCACUAAACCCUUAAGCCCUUUAUAUUAUGCUUAGAUUUAGCGCUUUUAAACUCAUUGUAAUCCAAGAAUCCGUCAUUAUUUGUAUCGUCAGUCCGUAACAACAUAU